CCAUGCUUUGCUGAACUCGAAGCAGGGGAAUGCGCAUUCCAUGAGACUUCUGAGACAGUAGUACCAGGGGUAGUACCAGGGGUAGGUGGGAAGAUAGCAGCCGGCACCUGCUAGAAAGUCCGUUCACAUUGCUACCAGCACGAAGGUGGUACGUCUCUGGCAAGUGUGGGUUGAGGCACGUGCCGCCCGGGCAGCAUUCGCAAUGCUGCGAGCAGCAUUAAUCUGGAAGGAGUUACAUCUUUGCCUGCGGGGCAGAGAAGGCAGCCAUCGGCUUCUCUUGCAGCUUAUUCUUCAUUGAACGCUGGUUGUGGCAAACAAAUGCUCUUCUAACCAGAGAGGUUUGACAGGCUAGCAGGACAAUUAUCAUAGAACUCUAAACUUUGUGCACUUCUUCGAAUCUGCUUUGAGUCCAGUCAUGUGAUGAUCAGGCAACGGCUUCUCUUUGGUAGGAGAUGAUUCGGGCAACUGUUUUGCACCCCCAUGCGGCGGCCAUUUGCAGCCCCCUCCGGUGGAUUACUGGCGCACGCCCCUCUGAGACAAAUUGGCAGUCCUUUCAGAAGGUGCGCCUCCUAGGGCGUCUCUCUGCUCGCUUCCGCUCCGCCUCCGCUGUCAACCAAAACAUACAGAAAGCACCUCCUCAACAUCGGGAAACUGCACCACCCUCGCAGUCCGCACACAGUGCAAGUAAUGGAUGUCUGCAGACGUCUCUAGAGGCCACUCUACAGGAGAUACAAGCAUCCCCCUCCUUUAAGGAUCCGGACAUUGGGGCUCAGGUAAAAGACCCUGCCUCGGGUCCGAUCAUUCACCUCCCAUCUGAUCCCAGGCCUUGGGAGAAUGAAAGGGAGUAUUCCAAGUACCGGAUGAGAGUAGCAUACGAUGGGACCAACUACUGGGGGUGGCAAAUUCAGCUGCAGAGCGGCCUGCCGACGGUCCAGGGAAGAAUUGAGGAGGCUCUAAUGACCAUCACCCGGGAGCCGCGUGGGGUGCUCCGAGUGUUGGCGGCCGGCCGCACCGACGCAGGCGUGCACGCGCGGGGGCAGGUCGCGCACUUCUUCACGAGCUCUCCGCUCGAAGAUCUGGAGUCUAUCCACCUCAAACUGAACGGCAAGAACAUUGUCGAGUCCCCCUACUCGUCCACUAAGCUGAGGCCCAAAGGCGUUUUACCCGUCGACAUCCGGAUCCUAGAGCUGGCGCCGGUCACGCAUGACUUCCACGCUAGGUUUAGUGCCAUCAGCAAGAUCUACCACUAUUCAAUCGCGACCAAGCCGGUGAUUGAUCCGCUCAGCCGCUUGUAUUCAGCGCACGUGUUCUAUGAGGUUGACAUUGACCGGAUCAAAGAGGGGGCGCUCCACUUCGUUGGGGAGCACGACUUUGCAGCUUUUGCCAACUUCUAUCCAAAGCCGCGGCGGGACGUGAAUGCCGAUACCGUCCGUACAAUUACGCGGUUCGACGUUGUAGACACGGAAGAAGGUGUUCGACUAGAAAUCGAGGGGACGGGGUUCUUGUAUAGGCAGGUCCGCAAUAUGGUAGGACUUUUAGUCGAGAUAGGCAGGGGUCAAUACGAGCCGUCGAUCGUACCCAAGAUUAUGGAGCUGAGGAACCGACGGCUCGUUCCUACGUCGGCGCCGGCGCACGGGCUCGUUAUGCAGAGCGUCGCGUAUCCUGAGGAGCUCUUGAAGCCGCCCCCAGGGGCCAGUGCAGCCAGCACCGGCCGCUUGGUGCGAAAACCAUCCCAGAAGUCAAAACUGGAGGCUCAGCUCGCUGCAAUCUAGGAUAGCAUCUCGGAACUUCGGAAGGGCUCGGGUUGCUAGCGGAUAGGGUCUGCUAGCGCUGCUCGUGCGGACAAUCAGAAAGGGAACCUACAAGCGACUAGUCGCGUGAAGAUAUGGUACACACUAUUAUAGAUCAGUCCAUUUCAUAUACCGGAACAAGACUGAGCAUGUCAUGGUGGG